CCCCGCCCGGGCUCCAUAGCACCCCCGCUCCGGCGCCAGCCCCGCACUUCCGCAUACCGCACUUCCGGCCGCUCUGGCCCCGGCCUCUCCGUGGUAGCGGCGUCACUUCCGCCGGCCCUUCUGGCCGCCGCGCUCUAUGGCUUCCGCGUUCCCCUCCCCUCCCUCCCGCCGGGCGCGGUUGACCAAUCGGGACGUUCCCCUGUGCAGACGGGCAGCGCCGGAAGCCAAUGGGCGCCAGGGGGCGGGGCCUGGACUGGGGGCGAGAGCAGGCCGGGGGGCGAUGGAGCCAGACUGCAAGCGCAGGAGGAUGGAGGAGCCGGCGGACCCCCCGUGGGAGCCGGUGCUGGUGCUGCCCGAGCUGGAGUCGCAGGAGGUCGAGCUGACCCCGGCCUACGCCGCCCCCGUGCUGCUCCGGACCGAGACGUCCCGCCUGGUGCGGGAGCUGGCGGCCGCCCGCCCCCUGCCGGAGCUCCCGCACCUGAAGCGGGUGCGGGCGCGGGGGGGGACCCAGCCGCUGGAGGUGCUCCUCUGCCCGGCCGGCCCCUCGCCGGGCGCCUCGCAGCCGCUGGCGGAGCUCCUCCCCGCCGGACGGGUGGACGUGCACGGCCUGGGGGAGCCCUUCCUGGUGCAGGUGCCUGCCCGGGCCCCCCUCACCCGGCCCCAGUUCGAGGCGGCCGCCCGGCACUGGCCCACCGCCUUCCACGAGAACAAACGGACCAGCCGGGCUCUGGCCGGACGCCUCUUCACCCCCCAGGACAAGGCGGCCAUGGAAGCUCACAUGGAGCAGGCCGUCCGGGCCGCCCGCCGGGGGGCGGAGCUGGGCAUGGUGCCGGCGGGCGCCGCCGUGGUCGAGCCGGCCACGGGGCGGGUCCUGGCGGUGGGGCACGACUGCCGGAACGGCCUCCACCCGCUGCUCCACGCCGCCAUGGUCUGCAUCGACCUGGUGGCUCGCGGCCAGGGCGGAGGCGCCUACAGCUACCGGGAUUAUCCCGCCUGCUCCUUCCUGCCCCUGGACAGCUGCCCCCUGCCCGGCGAGGGGCUGCCCUACAUCUGCACCGGCUACGACCUGUACCUCACCCGGGAGCCCUGCGUCAUGUGCGCCAUGGCCCUGGUCCACUCCAGAAUCCAGCGGGUCUUCUACGGCGCCGCCUCCCCGCACGGCGCCCUGGGCUCCGGCUACCGCCUCCACGGCCGCCCAGACCUCAACCACCGCUACGAGGUCUUCCGGGGCGUCCUGGAGGGGCCCUGCCGCCGCCUGGGCCGGGAGCCCGCUGCCCGCUAGUAGCCCGUCUGUUUUAACAAGCCCAGCUGGACAUGGGGGGGAUUUUAAAUAAAGUUGUUUUAA